AUGGCGGACGAAGCUCCAGGUCGGCCCAGCUUCAGUUCCAGCCACGGUUCUGUUGCCUCCUCCUCUCACAAACGCUCCAAAUCAGCUAUCGCUCUCUCCCGCCUCUCUGUUGGCUACCACAAAUCCAAGAGCUCCGACAAGCUGUCUCCUUCUCCAACAACCUCUGCAUAUAAACCACCUCCUUCUGCCGGUGCUUCGCCCACAGCUUCCACCCAUCCAUCAGCGGCUUCACUGCUGUCCCCCACCGCCGCUAUGGGUAAGAGCGAGAGCAUAAGAUCCUCCGCCUCCUCCACAAAGGCUCACAAGCGAGCUCAAUCAUAUGCUCCUUCGUCUCAAUCCACUCCUUCUCUCACUCCGGCUUCUACUCUCGAUUCUAGCUUGACUGUUGCUAGAACGCUCAGUGUCUCGCAUCCACCUCCUAAACCGACUUCCCUAGAAGAAUCCGUUCGAACAUUCCGUCUCUUCGAAGCUCUACGGAAUGGAGACACAUCGGCUAUAUCGAAGGCAAUCAGGGAUGCCUCUGAACCGGAAUCUACAAUUGAAAUGGCCUCAAUCCUGUUGCUAGCCGUUCAGUGCGCCGAAGUUCAGGUCGUCGAGUUUGUGCUCUCUUCGACUUCUCGCGACCCUUCCAAUCCUUCAAAACCAUAUCUGGAUAUCAACUAUCGUGACAUAAACACUGGCAACACUGCUCUCCAUUUCGCUGCCCACCUCGGCCGACAGCCUCUCGUCUCUCUUCUCCUUUCGGAACCUAACAUCAACGACGUCAUACCGAACCUCCAAGGUUCUCAAGCUAUCGAUAUUUCCCGGACACCAGAGAUAGCACAAGAACUCCAGCUUUCCAGAGACGUCUACCUCGACAACCGACUGAUCGACCUCCAUAAGCUUGUCGUGACACAUGCAUAUUCCGACUUGGAAGCUUUCCUUGAAGUCCCCCGUACCAGAGCUCUUCUCGACCUAAACGCCCACGAUGGUGGUAUACCAGGCAGUACCCUCCUCCAUGAGGCUGCCAAAAACAAAGAUAUCAGGCUGAUACAAAUUCUUUUGCUGCACGGUGCAGAUCCAUUCCGCCGAGACAAAAGGGGCAAACUUCCACAGGAUGUUACAAAGGACGAGAAGACUCGAGCUGUACUAAAGCGUUCCCCAGCAGCUAUAGCUGCUAAAAACAGUAUCCAAGAAAAGGCUGUUCUCGGCUCGGGUGCUGGGAUCCCUGGUGCUGAAGACACGUCCAGGGAUGGAACCCACCGCGAGGGGAGGGAGAUGAAAGGACACCUGAAAAAAUGGACUAAUUAUACGGGAGGUUACAAGUUACGGUGGUUUGUAUUGGAGAAUGGCGUACUCAGCUACUACAAGCAUCAAGAUGACAUGGAAUCCGCCUGCCGUGGUGCUAUCAACAUGAAAAUCGCAAAACUCUACAUGGAUCCCCAAGACAAGCUUCGCUUCGAAAUCCACGGAAAAUCGUCUGUCAAAUACCACCUCAAAGCUGACCAUCAAGUCGAAGCCAAACGAUGGUAUUGGGCUCUCAACAAUGCUAUCCAGUGGGCGAAGGAUGAGGCACGCAUGGAAGCUCAGAAGGUCGACCGAGCGAAGGUUAGACUGACUACCGCGAGCAGUACUACAAGCACAGACCAACUAUCGAUCAACGACUCCGUUACGGAUAUUCCUGGUACACCUGGUACACCCAGCUUCUCCGGUGAGCGCCGACAAAGCAAGGUUUACGCUCCAUCCGCCCGAUCCCGACUUACUGUCAGUGGUGAGCUCUCUUGGGAAGACGUUUCUGAAUCCAAACUAGAAUCCGCAGAAAAUGGACAACCGCGACGGAUGCCUAGUUCUGAAGACGAUGAUGACGACGAUCUCGAUGACGACGAGUAUGACGAUGCAGUGGAGAACAACGGGAAAAUGGCAGACCCGGUCUAUAACGAAACCUACCAGAUGAUGGCACAUUCCACCAAAAUGCAACUCGAUAUGCUCGCCGGAGCCUGUGCCGCCAUAACCCUAGAGACGUCGAAGAAUCCAGCGACACCUAUCAGUGAUCCUGGUAUUCUCGCGGCGUUAACAAGCUACGAAGGGGCGGUCAAUAACCUCAGAAGUCUAGCCGGUGAUCUAUUCAAGUUGAGCAGAGACCGCGAAGCGUAUUGGAAAGCAAGGUUAGAUAAGGAGAUCCAUAUGAGAAAACUGUGGGAGGAGAAUAUGACUCGACUAGCGGUGGAGCAAGAGGAAUUAGAAGGGAAAAUGAACGAAGUACAAUUGAAACAGAAGCGUACAAAGAGGGCCCUGAGAGAGGUAUUGAGGGAAGGUGCUGUUGCCUCGCCAAGUGGAGCUGUGGAAGAAUUGCACGAAGCAUUGGAGGAUUUGGCAGUUAUUGAAGAAGUAGGCGAACCCUCGACGGCUCCACAAACGGCACCUACCUCUGUUGUUGAGAAUACACCGGUGGCUGUUGCCCUAGCUAGGAAGAAGACAAUUAAGGUUGCGAAAAUGGAGUUGAGUGAUUCCGAUGAUGCAGAUGCCUCUGAUGAAGAGUUCUUCGAUGCUGUGGAUGCUGGUGAGAUCGAUGUACAGAAGGAGAUGCCAGCACCUGCCGUUACAGUGGAAAUUCCAGUCACAGCGGAUAGAUCUGACAUCGAGGAGAUCGUGGAAGAGGCAGUGAGGAAGAGUGUUGAGUACCAAGACGAGAGUGAUAAACGAUUAGUCGCUAUCAAGAGGAGUUUCAAGGGAUAUGAGGAACCACCUCGGUUCAAGUUCGAUAAGAGUGCUGAUGAUAGGCCAAAGAUCUCGCUUUGGGGAAUCUUGAAAUCCAUGAUUGGCAAAGAUAUGACUAAAAUGACACUGCCGGUUUCUUUCAACGAGUGCACCUCGCUGCUCCAGCGUGUCGCCGAGGAUAUGGAGUAUACCGAUCUUCUUGACAUGGCUGCAGAACGUGCCGACUCUCUUGAGCGUCUUGUCUACGUCGCUGCUUUCGCGGCAAGCGAGUAUUCUUCCACCAUCAACCGUAUCGCAAAACCGUUCAACCCACUUCUAGGCGAAACAUACGAAUACUGCCGUCCCGACAAAGGUUUCCGAUUUUUCGUCGAGCAAGUCAGCCAUCACCCGCCCGUCGGUGCUGCAUGGGCAGAAGCCCCGCGUUGGUCGUAUUACGGUGAAUCUUCCGUUCGCGCAAAGUUUUACGGCAAAAGCUUUGAUAUCAAUCCACUGGGAACAUGGUUUUUAAAACUUCAUCCUGUUACUGGAGGUGAAGAGUUGUAUACUUGGAAGAAGGUGAAUACCGCUGUGGUUGGUAUUAUUACUGGAUCGCCGACGGUGGAUAAUUACGGGCCUAUGGAGAUUAAGAACUGGACAACUGGGGAGCAGUGUGUCCUUGACUUUAAAGCACGAGGAUGGAGAGGUGCAGGUGCUUAUGAAGUUAAGGGACGAGUAGUGGAUAAAGAUGGAAUGCAGAAGUGGAGUAUGGGCGGUAGGUGGAAUGAUAAGCUGUACGCAAGGAUGAGUCCCGGAUACGAUGCACAGAUAUCACCUGCAGGCCAAGGAAAUGAUUCGGCAGCGAUCAGCAAGAGUUUCUCGAGUACCCAAGCGUUUUUGGUGUGGGAGACACACGAACGUCCACCAGCACCAUUCAACCUUACACCAUUUGCGAUUAGUUUGAAUUACCUACCGGAAGGAUUGAGGCCGCAUCUAUGUCCAACGGAUACACGGUUAAGACCUGACCAGAGGGCUAUGGAGGAUGGAGAGUACGACUUUGCAGCUGAGGAGAAGAAUAGGUUGGAGGAGAAGCAGAGGGCCAAGAGACGGGAGAGAGAGACUAGUGGGGAAGCUUACAAGCCAAGGUGGUUUACGAAGGAACGGGAUGAGACUACUGGUGAGGAGUAUUGGAAGAAUAAUGGAGAAUACUGGGAGUCGAGAGAUGUGGUGGGGAAUGGAGGAAGUUGGGAGGGAGUGCCGGAUAUCUUCUAG